UGGGGGGUGGUGGGCCCCUCUUUCUACAGAAAACGAAAUUCCACCACCAACAGACGGAGAGAGAGAGAGAGAGAGACAGAGAGAGAGAGCUCUUUCUCUGCAAUUUUCUUUUCUUCCACCGAAAACCACAGAAUCAAUCAAAGGCAAACCAGUCUUCAUUCAAAGGUUCUUUGAUUUCCUUGGCUGUACAAGCUGUGCUGUGAGAGAGAUGGGUGAAGCUCUUGUUGCAAGGUACUGGUGCCACAUGUGCUCGCAAAUGGUGGAUCCGGUCAUGGAAGUCGAGAUCAAGUGUCCAUUUUGCGAGAGUGGGUUUGUGGAAGAAAUGGAUAGCAGAGGAGAUGACGAGGAUCUCGGAUCGGAUAGAACUUUCUCCCUUUGGGCUCCCAUCUUGCUCGGAAUGAUGGGUAGCCCGUCCCGCCGCCGAAGAUUCCGAAGACAUGAAGAAGAAGAAGAUGAAGAAACUCGGGGAGAAUCGGAGCUAGAACGGGACAUUGAAUCGAUCCUGCGGAGGAGGAGGAGGAGCUCCGCUGCGAUCCUCCAAUUGCUUCAGGGCCUCCGUGCAGGCAUCGCAUCUGAAUCAGAGAAUCCCGAAAGCGAAAGGGAACAAGAGCGAGAGAGGGAGCGAGAGCAUGUGAUUCUCAUCAAUCCUUUCAACCAGGCUGUGAUUCUUCAAGGAUCGUUUGAUUCGAACCAGGGCGAGAAUGAGAGCUCGAACAUCCAUGGCUCUUUGGGCGAUUACUUCAUUGGGCCUGGUUUGGAUCUCUUGCUGCAGCAUCUGGCAGAAAACGAUCCGAACCGAUAUGGGACACCACCAGCGCAGAAAGAGGCAGUCGAGGCGAUGCCGACUGUGAAGAUCACUGAGAAUUUACAGUGUUCGGUCUGUUUGGAGGAUUUCGACAUUGGGUUGGAGGCGAGAGAGAUGCCAUGCAAGCAUAAAUUCCAUAAUGGCUGUAUCUUGCCGUGGCUCGAGCUUCAUAGCUCGUGUCCAGUGUGCAGAUAUCAGAUUCCCGCAGAUGGUUCUAAGGAUUCAAAUGGGUCUGAUAAUAGUAAUAGAGUUGAGAGCAGUGGUGUUGAGCUGAGCACUGAAGGUGGGAGUGGGAAUGGUAGAAGGUUCUGGGCCCCUGUCCCGUGGCCUUUUAAUGGGUUGUUUUCGCCAUCCGAAUCUCAGACAGAUGGGAAUUCUUCUACUUCAGCUUCUUCAUCAUCAGCAGCAUCCGGAAGUAGUACUCAUGCUGAUGAGAACUGAGCAUGUUUGUUUGAUGAUGAAUGUGAUCGAAACAUGUUUUCUAGUACAUGGCAGUUGUGUAUGGUAAUCAGGACCCUUGAUUUGGCGUGGUGGGCCAUAUCCAUAGGAUUGGAUUGCAGUAGCCAUCCAAUCAGCCACCCCCAAAUGGGAAGGUUAGCCCCGAACAAAGCUCAGUCCAAUCUUCAACCAGGGAAAACUCGCAGCACCUGCCAGGUCAGAGUCAUCCAAUGGCUGCAAUUUCGGCCUAUAGCAUAUCCAGAUGGUAACCCAACAAGAUCAAUAGUCCCGAUUUUCACACAUGUCUGCUAUGCGUAUGGUAAGCACUAAGCACAGAACUACACAGAACUUUUAUGAUGCAAGCUUUGGAGUUGCAUUUCUCUUGUUUAAUACCCUAUCUUCUUGUUUUUUUUUUCACCUUCCAUCAUCUGUAUAUAUUCUGUUACUUGGGAGCUUUUAAGAACUUACUAC